ACUAAUAUCUGAUGGGAUUAUAGUCAUUCUAAUUCAAGCAUAUACGUAAAUAUUAGCCAGAGAAGUCUCAUUCAUAACAGUAUAAUAUUAAUUAUUUAGUCAACAUGGCCAUAUUUUCAUCCUUAGCAGGCUUUUUCAAACGUCACAAGAGAAAGAUAUUAGUUACAAGUGCUGUAACUAUAUCUAUAUACUUCGCCAUUAAUGAGUUUGUUAUAAAGAAGUUUCAAACUUAUCAAAAACAAUUAAGGCAAGAGUUAAUAUUCAAGCAGCAGAUUAAACAACGGUUUAUUCAAACACAACAGGAUUGUUACUAUACCAUAUUGGCAUUACUACCCGUAUUAACCAGCCCCAUUGUUGAAUAUUUACCUAUUGAGUUGAUAACUCAGGCAUUAAGAUUGAAAAAGAACAACAAUGAUAAACCAACUGGUGACAAUUCUUUAACUACGGACAAUUUAAGCUUAUUGGAGAAUAACAACGAUCCUGAAUCUAAGCUUUCCUUCUAUAUGAAUAAGUCGAAAGUUGAACUUUGGAACUUGUUGAAGAUCAAGACUAUAACUAGAAUGUUAACUUUGAUGUAUUCUAUUUCUGGGUUGUUUUUGAUUACUAAGUUGCAAUUGAAUAUUUUAGCACGAAGGGCAUAUUUGGAAUCAGCCAUUUUGAUGGCUGGUGUUAAAGCUACAAACAAUGAUAUUGACCCACAUGAAAACUAUAUUAUUGAACAAAGUUAUCUUUCCUUAAGUUGGUGGUUAUUAAAUAAAGGAUGGUCUAACUUGAAUUCGAUUAUUGAAGCUCUAGUUGUGAAAAAGUUUGAAAAGAUUAACCCAAAGAGUGAACUUACUGUUGGCGAGUUUGAUUCAAUUUUACAAGAAAUUAUUAUCGAAAUUAAUACAAACAACAAAGAGUUUAUCUUGGCUAACAUCUUCCCAAUAAACUACCCCGAUUUGUUGGAAACUAUGCUUAAUACCAACCCUGAUUUGAUGCAUUAUUUGGAUACCCCAGAUUCCAACUUAAUCAAGUUGAUAAAUGAAACCAAUUCAAUUAUGUUGGAUAACGGGUAUGUGUUUGACUUAUUAAACACUUUAAUAUUGACUAAUUUAAAUACUUUAUCCCAAAAUUUAUCAACUGGAUUAGGUGAAGCAUCAGGUAGUUUAUUAUUACUGUCUGCAAAUUUACAAGAUUCACAAAGAUUAGUUGAAAUUCCAAAUAAGCCAUACAAGUUGGCUAGCUUUUUGGCCCAACUUUCAGUACAAAAUGGAACCAUCAUGGAUAACAACAAUAUCAAAUAUGAUGAGAAGGAAGAAGACGAUGAUGACAUUCAAGGGUUUAUCGAUAAGUUGAAUGUGACUACAUUUCCUUCUAGUGAGAAUAGUGAAUUUAGUGGUAACGCAUAUGUGAACAAGAUGAAUGAAUUGCAAGACUUGGAUGAUUUCAGUGCAGGCAUAUAUUCCAACUUUGAAUAGUUGGUGUAGCAAAGUAUACUUAUAUAAAGCGUAGCAAAGAUUAAUACACAAGGAUAUACUUGAAAAGAGUAAUUUCUGAGGGGGAGGGGGCGAACUG